GAUGCUAGCAUCCACCAGGACAUGGAAUAGAUGAACAUCCAGACUAUCGCAACUUGUACUGUUGCAUUAACCUUGGGGCAUAAUAAUGCACAAAGAAACCAUAAUCGUAACGUAGUAACUACACAGUACAAUGGAAUCUAUGUAAAUCGUGCAUCACCAAAGCAGUGGCACGCAUUCCUAGCAACUCCGUCACAGUUGUCCAGAAAACAAAAAAAACUAGAGUUACACGCCGGUUGGGGAAGAACAUAUGAUUAUACAUGGAAUGAAGAUGGUCACAACGUGCAAGUGUCAGUAUCACUGGAACCUAGUGUAUCCACUAGUGACCUAGAAGUGACCAUACAACCAAGUACAAUAAAUGCCAUAAAUAAAAGGAAACCGAAGAAACCACUCAUUAGAGGUACACUAAAAGGACCAAUUGAUGUAGAUGGAAGCUUUUGGACAGUGGAGGAAAUUCAUAAAACGAAGCAUUUAAUUAUAACACUAAAGAAAAGUGAACUACAAACUGGAUUAUGGUUCGGUGUUAUAAAAGAUGAAAAAGUCGAACAACAAACAUACGAAACAGUCAAACAACAAGAUGCAAAAGUGACAAAAGUACAAAGUAAAGAACCGAAAGGUAUAUUCGCACAAUAUGUAUUCGAAGAAGUGGAUCAAAACCAACUUGAAGAAAUUCUAAAAAGAUGGAUGAGCCGUGAGUCAUCAGAUAAAAUACCAUAUGGAAAACCGAAACUACCCAUCAAUAUUACAUUCAUACCAGAAGGAGCUGGAGGUAAACUGAUAUACGAAAGCAAGUAUCCAGAUCUCGAUGAAUACCUAGAUGUCAUAGUCGGACCUAUUGACACUAAAGAAAAGAAAUAUACGGGAGAAGGAGCACAAGUUACAUUCAUCAAUAGCCCAAGUACCAAAAUUAUACAGGGGCAAUUGGGAAAUGAAAUAGCAGAUCUUACAGUCACAUCAUUGAAUACACUGCUACAAAACUUUGAAAGAGAUGUGCACAAACUAGAUGGGCUGAUCAAAAACCGGAAUUCCGCAAAAGAUACGUUCGACUACAUGGGAAGCUCAGCGUUUAUCGAUACUGAAAACCUGGAACCAUAUAUCAAAUACCACGAACAGAUAAAAGAACAAACUAAAGGAUCGAGAUUGGAACCGGAUCCCAAAAAAGUAUUCAGAGAUGAAGCAACUGGAGUGGUUAUAGAUUGGAAUAAGACAAGUGAUGAUCCCACCGUAUCAAAAGAGGAAGAUGAAAAGAAUAAAAAGGUGUUACUUAAUACACUAACAGAGGCCAUCAAAAGGACCAAACGACCACAACCAGAGGAAACUAUUAAGGAUAUGGUUAACAAUGUCAAACAAGCACUGUCACUAAAUAACAUAGAAUAUGACCAAAUCAUGAUGAAAGUUAAGGAACGUAUUAGCCAAGAAGCUUCUAUGAUAGAGCAACAGCAAAAGUCCGUCAGUAAGAUGAAAUCAUUCGCACAACUGGAAGGUGUUGAUAGUCUCAUAGAGUCUAGCAAACCUGAUCUAACAAGUGAAACACCAGAUAAUAGCUUCGAUGUAGCUAUGGCUAUGCCAGAUAGUAGCAUGCUGGCCAAAAAGUAUGCAUCCAUUUCAAGUACACAAAAGGAACAACUAAGGAAGCGAUGGAAAUCAAAUGAAAAAAGGCUAAAGCUGCUCAUAGCAGAACUGAUAGAAGCACCGCAAAAUAAAUGCCCUACCAUAUGCAACAAUUAUAUAGACCUGCUAAUAUCAGAAGAUUACCCAACGCUAAUGAAGAGCUAUCUCAGGUAUAACGCAAUACAAAAUGAACAAGAGAAAAACCGGCUGACUUUUCUCAACGAAUUCGUAAUCAGCCUCUAUAAGGACCAGGCGAUAUACCUGCUGCAUGACGAACAUCUGCAGCUGCAGAAAAUAGAAGAAAUAAUACAAUGGGCACUAGAGGAUUUCCAAAAUUUAAAUGACCUCCUGGAAGAAAAUAAGCAUAAAUAUGAUGUAAACUUUGUAUCCUACCUCAAUCUCGCAAUAUCAAAAGAAGUUGAAAGAAUAAAGAAACAAUAUGGAAAUACACCCCUGUCAGAAGCUACCGCGAAGUCCUAUGAACACCCAUGGCUGUGCCUAUUGACAAUUAUACAAAGAGCAAUCUACUCAAUGGCAGAAGCUGAUAUGGCAGAAGAUUGCUAUAUACUCACAACAAUCAUAAACUUCGAAGAUCCACUCGUGAGAAGCUACAUGCUAGAGUUAUUCCUAGCAACUAUGCCAAGGUCCGAUUGGAAGGCAUUCAAGGAUUUAAUCAUAUCUGCCAGCAACUCACUCAUCAACAAACCACCAGAAGAGAGAACUGAUUUGAAAGGAACUGAGCCGCAUUUUGUAGAAGCAGUAAUGCAACUAAGAGAUGAAGUAGAAAAAAUGAUACCUGAUUGGAUUAUAGAUGAACUACUCUCGGAAGAUGAUAGAAUGUACAUGAUAGAAAACAAUAAAAGGAAGUCACCACUCAUGCAGCUGCAAUUGGAGCCUAAAGAAAGCACACCAGAUGCCGCACAAAAAUUAAAAGACAAGGAAAUAUACAUCGAUAAACAGACAGUAUCUGUCAAAAAGUAAUCACAACAACAACAUGUGGAAAAUAAUCAACAUCAGAACUAAUGUG